GCAGAGUUCAAUUCUGCUGUUGACAAUGAGACGCUUAUGUGGAGCUUUACUCAUUGCAGUGACCCUGCUUGUCUCUGCAUAUGGAUGGAACCAUUAUGAUAGUUUGAGUGACAGAUACAAGCCACAUAUUGACAAAGCAAUAAGACAGGCCAAUGCACAAUUUAUGGGCAACAAAAAGCACAUCAAUUAUUAUAAAGUUGAAGGGGAUCCUGCAAUAGGCGAAAAGUAUCAUUUUCGCGUCAUGUUGAAAACCACCAAAUGCGAUGUGGCAGACAAUGUAAAUGGAUAUAAACACAGAAAUGACUGCGCCGUAGAGGGACUUGGGCUGCCCUGGAUUGAUUGUGUUGUAUGCAACACGAAGACUGGUGAGCUUGUCGACUGCGCACUAAAAAAAAAGGCGAAGUCGAGGGAAAGCGUUAGGAAGCAGUGUUUGAUCACUCCGGGAUACCGCGCAGGACAUACCAAUCUGCUGGCUCAAAAAAGUGGAAGUGAUGCACCUGCGACUGGAUGUGUUGGUUGUGUAUAAACUCUUGGAGAUAAGAUACCCUACAAUGUUCCAUGAGAGAUAAUCAUAAACAUUUGUUCAAUAAAAUCAAAAUGAGACUCGG